CUUGUGUAUUGUCAUUUAUCAAACGUCCAACCCUCUCCCCUUUGUGUCGUACUUCUGUUAUAAUAAACCCUUUUUUCUUCUUCUUUGUACCCUUUCUCAUAUUCUCUCUUCUCCAUUAGCGACUCCAUUAACGCACUCAAAAACUUCAAUCAUUCAUUAUCAACAACAAACAUGCCUUCUACGAAUCUCCUCCUCGAAGAACCAAUUCGCAUGUCUUCCAUCCUUGAACCGUCUAAAUCUACUUUUUUUAAUGCAAUGACUAAGAUCAUUGGAACUCUCGGUCCUCGUUCUGAAUCUGUUGAUGUUAUUUCCGCUUUGCUUAAAGCUGGAAUGUCAGUGGCUAGAUUUGAUUUUUCAUGGGGAGACGUUGAUACUCAUCGCCAUACACUUGAGAAUUUAAAGGCGGCUGUCAAAGAUAGCAAGAAACUCUGCGCUGUCAUGCUAGACACAGUUGGGCCUGAGUUGCAAGUCGUUAAUAAAACAGGGAAAGAGAUUACUCUCAAGGAAAAUGAGAUGGUUACUCUUACACCUGAUCUAGAACAAGAUGCCACAUCAGAUGUAUUGCCUAUCAAUUUCAGCGGUCUUGCAAAGGCUGUGAAGAAGGGGGACAUGAUAUUCAUGGGUAAAUACCUAUUCACUGGAAGUGAAACUACAUCUGUGUGGCUGGAGGUAUCUGAGGUCAAAGGAGACAAUGUCAUCUGUGUGAUCAACAAUUCCGCAACUUUGGAUGGGACUCUAUUCACUUUGCAUGCCUCUCAAGUUCCUAUUGAUAUGCCCACAUUGUCAGAGAAGGACAAGGAGAUUAUAAGCUCUUGGGGUGUUCAAAACAAAAUCGACUUCCUUUCACUGUCAUAUACUCGUCAUGCAGAAGAUGUUCGCCAAGUACGUGAACUGCUUUCAGGCUUAGGUGAACUUAGUCAAACCCAGAUAUUUGCAAAGAUUGAGAAUGUAGAGGGUUUGACCCAUUUUGAUGAAAUAUUACAAGAAGCUGAUGGCAUCAUUCUUUCCCGUGGAAACUUGGGCAUAGAUCUCCCUCCCGAGAAGGUUUUCUUGUUUCAAAAAGCUGCUUUACACAAAUGCAACAUGGUUGGUAAGCCUGCUGUUGUUACUCGUGUUGUUGAUAGCAUGACCAAUAACCUCAGACCAACCCGUGCUGAGGCUACUGAUGUGGCUAAUGCUGUACUUGACGGAAGUGAUGCAAUUCUUCUUGGAGCUGAGACUUACCGGGGUUUAUAUCCUGUUGAUACUGUUAGAACUGUUGAUAGAAUUUGUUUUGAGGCUGAGAAGGUGUUCAAUCAAGAUUCAUACUUCAAAAAGGCUGUGAAGUAUGUGGGAGAGCCGAUGUCUCAUCUGGAAUCAAUUGGUUCUUCUGCGGUGCGUGCUGCAUUGAAGGUGAAAGCCUCUGUUAUCAUCUGUUUCACGUCCUCAGGGAGAGCUGCAAGGUUGCUUGCUAAAUACAGGCCACCAAUGCCAAUUCUGUCCAUUGUGAUCCCUCGCCUUAAGACUAAUCAAUUAAAAUGGAGUUUUAGUGGUGCCUUUGAGGCGAGACAGUCAUUGAUAGUUCGAGGCCUCUUUCCUAUGCUUGCUGAUCCUAGACAUGCUGCCGAGUCAACAAGCGCAACAAAUGAAUCUGUCUUAAAUGUUGCACUAGAUCAUGGGAAGUCAUUGGGAAUCAUUAAACCACAUGACCGCAUUGUUGUUGUCCAAAAGGUCGGUGAUGCUUCCGUGGUCAAGAUCAUCGAGUUGGAAGAUUAGACUUUAUACUGCCGCACUCUUGAUGCUGGGAGUUAAUUUUUGCAAACGGUCUUCACAAAGCCGAUUUUAAGAAAUUAAUUUGUAGUUGAAACUCGAUAGAAUAUAGCGUUAUAACAUAAAAUUAUCUGGACUAUGUUACUAUAGCUAAGUCAUGGACAUGCCAUGACGCUCAUUUUUUGGUACUUAGGCACGCGUUAUUAUUAACAUGCCUGCGAGCGUGCAGAUUCCGCCAUGGAAUUUUGCAUUCGAGCAGAAUAUUUUGUUGAAAUGGAAUUAUAUGAAGUAUGCUAGAAGCAGAAAGUUUUGGAAAAAUGUUCCAAGUAUUUUGUUGUGCAUUUUUUUUUUCUUGCAGUGCAUCCUUUUUCUUCAGUGAGUACUCAAAUGCUGAUUUGAGUAUUGGAAAUUAGUCU